CCAAUCGGAUGUGGGCGAGCGCUUCCUUCGUGGGAGUGCUCAUCAUCAUCGGUCUGCCGUUAUGGUGGAAGACCACCGAAGUGUACAGGGUAGCACUGCCCUACGACAAGAUCAGUGCCUUCAACGAGCUGCCGAGCGUGAUCGCUUCCGAGCUGACGAUCCUCGCCAAUGACCAGCAGACCGCGGCAGAAGUAGCUAGCUUCAUACAGAAGGCUUUCCAGGACGAAGACAUCCUCAACAUAACAAUCAAGAAAUCAGUGCUGUCAGACGAACUCCACCGGACUUUAGAAUCAAUCGGUGACGAGCACGACAUCUUGAAGCGAGUGGCAGCGAGCGUCGACCUGACCAGUCACAACCAGUUCCACUUGGUACAGAGGCGGCCGCUGAAGCAAGAUGUGUGGUUGGCUGGAGAGGGGGUUAUGUUCUUUAAAGAUGCCAAAGCGUCACCAACCCUGGUCCAAGCGCUCAAGCAAUGGGUAUACCAGACCAGGGUCCUCCAAGGCGCGCGCUCAGAAGUAGCUGAUGCAGCACGCCGCACGCGCUUCCCACCUGGUGCAGCGUACCACGUGGUAUUGUCCGUGAUACACCCCAGGCCUGACCAGCUCGAGGUGCAGUUCAAUGCCAAGGAUGCUGUCGAAGAUUACAUCGGCUCCUUCGUGGACGAGCUCAGCGAGCUUCACAACUUCACCCUAAAGUCGCAGUGGCUGUAUUUGCUAGACUUCGACUUCAAAGCCAAAGAGAUAAAAGACAACAGCGAAUGGGGCCGCCAUUUUGCUGUCCGUANAGUCCGUAAAGAACGUCUCCACCUCCUCCUGACCAGCUUGGAGGAGCGCGCGGCGACUCACGUGUCGCCCCUGCCAACUCUAAACCUAGUCCUCUACGCCGCGCCCUGCAAGACUUCACCACUGCUCAUACACGACGAGGCUGGCAACCCCAUACAAUCCCCGGUUCAGGCCUUUAUGUCCCCUAAAUGGGGCGGUGUGGUGCUGGCCAGUCCGCCGCCGGCCGCGUGCGCCGCCGCCGCCUGGGCGCCCGACGCGCGCCCGCUCAUGGGCACCUUCGUUGCACAGCUAAGGACGCUGCUGGGGGUGCCUGACAUGGUCACUGUCCCGGGCGCCUUCCUGGUGCCGCUGCGAGCCGUGUCCCCGCGACGUUGGGAGGUGGACGCAUUGCUGCGUAUGCGCACGCUAGAACAGCUCACCAACGCACAGCGGACGCUGCUUUCGCUCGCGCAAUUGCUAGGUGAAAUCUCCAACAUCGUGAUCAACGACGAAGUGGGGGCUUCCAUAAACGCAGCCGUGGACAGCAUCCACCGCGCCAACGAGCUGGCUGCCCAAGGGAAACUAUUGGAGGCCUACCGCGAGUCGCUGCGAGCGCACGCAGCUGCUGAAAGCGCUUUUAUGGAGCCCAGUCUACUGGCGUUAUUGUACUUCCCUGAUGACCAGAAAUACGCGAUCUACAUCCCGCUGUUCCUGCCGAUCAUGUUCCCGGUUGUGCUGUCUCUGAAGAACCUGCUGCUCUGGCUGCGCGGCAAGCCUUCGAAGAUCAAGACCGACUAGAGUGCAUGCUACUAAUUUAAUUAUAGAGUUGUGAAUACAUUUAUUUGUUAGGGAAUUUGUGUAUUUAUUUAUCCUUUAGAAUCAGGGGUACCGCAUUGACACUCAUGUCAAGAUCUUAUUUGACAGUGACGU